GUUACAAAUAUUUUGUUGAUCCUUUGAUAUGUUAGAAAAAAGUGUGUACAUUUUUCUUUAGUAUUUUGAAAUGUUUUAUUGUAUAAAAUUUUUCACUGAGUGUCCUGAUUCAUUGCAGUCUAAGUCCAGCAUGUACGUUCACUUUAAAAGAUUGACCAAAUGAUGUUCUGGCCUGAUCCCCCCCCCACCCACUGAUGAGUAACAAUCAAUGAGUUUAUACAGAUGACAUACAUACCACAACCACAACUGCACUCCAAAAUCACAGAACUUUUUUUAUUAAUUUGGGAAAGAUCAGUUAUUUGUAAUUUCCACAUUUAUAAUCUUAAUUUUAUUUUUUUAUUACAAAAACGCUCAGCCGCCUGGGGCCUGAUUCAGAGGUCACUUGUUCCUACGCGUGAAAGGCGGCAAAGAAGAAAAAAGCUUGAACGUGAGCGAUGGCGGCCAAUCUCGAUGUGAUGAACCUGAUUCUCAUUGCUGGGGGAACACUGGCUAUUCCCAUCUUAGCAUUUUUUGCUUCUUUCCUUCUCUGGCCGUCAGCUCUCAUUAAAAUAUAUUACUGGUACUGGCGGAGGACUCUGGGCUUGCAGAUCCAUUAUGCAGAUUGCGGAGGCUACUGCUUCUGUUAUUCCUGCAGAGGAAAGCCAGGAGUCAGACCUUCUAUAUUAAUGCUGCAUGGCUUCUCUGCUCACAAGGACAGCUGGCUCACUGUUGUAAAGUAUCUCCCAAAACAUCUGCAUAUUAUCUGUGUGGACAUGCCCGGCCAUGAGGGAACAACACGCACCAGCACAGAUGAUUACUCCAUUCAGGGGCAGGUCACAAGAAUCCAUCAGUUUGUGGAAACCAUUUACUUAAACAGGAAACCCUUCCAUCUGGUUGGAACAUCCAUGGGCGGACAUGUAGCUGGGGUUUAUGCGGCCUACUAUCCUUUAGAAGUCUGUAGCUUGACGCUCAUUUGUCCAGAUGGUAUAAGGCAUCCAUGUGAGAGCAAAUUUGACAAUCAUUUGCAAGACCUGGAGCAGAGCAACUUCACAGUAAACAUCCUACUGAUGCCAACUACACCUGAGGAGAUGGAGGACAUGUUCAGACUUUGUUCCCAUGUCCGUUUUAAGAUCCCUCAGCAGAUUCUGCAAGGAUUGGUUGAUGUCCGCCAGCCUCACAACAAAUUUUACCAACAAGUAUUUAUGGAGAUUGUGCAAGAGAAAUCAAGAUAUGCCUUACAGGAGCAUUUACAUUUAAUCUCAUCACCAUUACAAGUGAUCUGGGGAAAACAAGACCAGGUGGCAGAUGUCUCAGGAACCACGGUCAUUGCUGAGAUUUUGCCUGAAUGCAGAGUGGAUCUCCUGGAAAACUGUGGCCACUCCGUGGCGAUGGAGCGUCCAUGUCGCACUGCCAAACUCAUGUUAGAUUUCAUUAUCUCACAGCAGGACUCCAGGGGUGGCACCAAAAAGUCUUCAUGAUUUUUUUCAUUGUACAUAACACACCUUAAAGGUCUGGUGAAACAAAAAUAACCAAUGUAUUCAAUGUAUAAUUUUGAGGAAAAAAAUGGAUCUUACGUAGAUUGGGGAACAGCUGAUUAGAUUUUAAUAAUUAUAAACAUUAAUAAACAUG